AUGUCACAAAUUCAAGACCAACUAGAGAAUAUACCAGGCUACAGCAUAGCAAUGGAUAAAUUCAAUGAAUAUGCCGAAGAGAAUUGGAAUAAAGGUGUAGAUCCAUAUUACGACAAAAAAACAGGUAAAAAAUUGAAAUUACCAAAAGACAUAACGACAAAAGAGGAACAAAAAUGUUGGAAUAAAAUUCAGUCAUUAGCAUGGCAACAUGACAAAUGUAUGUUAGGAAGCUGUGGAGUAGGGAUGGAUUGUGGAGUAGGUUUAGUACCAUUUGUGGUUUUGUUUUUCCCCGUAUUAGGUCCAUUGAUAAUGUAUGCAAUGCAUGCAAGAUUAAUUUCAAUAGCUCAAAAACAAUUCAAUUUACCAAAUAAACUACAAGCUCAAUUACAAUCAAAUAUUGGAUUUGAUUUAUUAAUUACUUUUCCUCCCGUGAUAGGUAGCUUUUUUGGUUGGUUACAUAGCUGUUCAACAAGAAAUGCUGGGUUGAUUUAUUCUUAUAUUGAUAAGUUAGCUAAAGAAAGAGCAGCAUCAGGUAUGACAUAUGGAGGAAGAGGUCAAACAGCUGGAUCUGCUGAUAUGAAUCAACAACAUUUUGGUAUUAGUGGUGGUCAACCUCAAGGUCAACGUCAAGGUCAACAACAAAAUGCAAGAAACGUUCAAUAUUCUCAACAAUUACAACCUCAACCAAUUUAUAUAGAGCCGAAGCCAAAAAGAGCUCGAGGAUUUAUGAAGCUGACUGUUGGCAAUACAAAUACUCAGAACACUAUCGAGGUUGGUCAACAACAACAAUCCGGAUUUAUAUAG